CGUGAUUGGAUUCAAGAAAAUCUUGCAAAAAUAUUUUCCACCGCAUCCAAAUACGAAAAUUUUACUAGACUUUGGAAACAAUUUUGUGGAGAAUUAUUAGCACAACAACCAAAUGCACUUUUCACUUCUUCAUAUUUCCUUUCAUUAAAACGGUCAACCUUACUUACAUUUAUUAAACGCAAUGAUUUGAAUAUUGAUGAAAGUGAAAUUUGGAAAAUUUUGAUCAAGUGGGCAUGUGAGCAAACGCCAAAACUUUGUCACGAUGUUAGUCAAUUUACGAAAAAUGACUUUAAUGAGUUAGAAAGUCGAUUGAAAGAUUUUAUUCCAUUUAUGAGAUUCUUCAGUAUUACAAAGGAUCAGUACACUUUAGGAGUUUUGCCUUAUGAAUAUAUUCUUCCUGAUUCUUUGAGAAAUGAAUUAAAGGAAUUCUUUGAAUCGAAUGAGAAAAUAUCUCCACCUAAAAAUUUUCGACUACCAAGAAUUCCAAUCACUCAAACGGUGCCAGAUUCCGUUCUAAUUAAUAAUAAACACUUGGCACUUUUAGCAAAAAUUGGGUUGAAAUAUAAUGAAGACGCUUUUAUUUGUUCUUUGGGCGGCGGUGACAAAAAAUUUGGUAUCGUUUUAAGUCGAGCUAAAUAUAACGAAAUGUCAAUUCGUAAUGCACCAAAUUUGGCAAUUGGAUUUAUGGAUCUUGGAUGGUUUGAAGGAAGGUAUAAUCAUUUAUAUUUCGAAAAAAGAAUUAUGGAUAGUAAUUAUAAGGAAUUUAUUCAAGAUUAUGAAGUUUUUCAAGUUUGUAAAAAGAGUGUAUAA